AUGCGUCGGGAUAGCACACGUCUCACCAAACGCCCGAGGGCGCCGGGGAGCGCCAACCUCUCCCACCCACCGUCGACACCUGCUCGCAUCCCCGUACAGCCUGCAGCCGCGUGUGGAGCGCGGGCGGUGAGAUUCAAUGUCUGUACGUACUCAGCCUGGUGGUGGUGGACGCGAGAACGAUGGAAACGCGUUCGUGCUCGUCCGCUAGCAGCAUCAUCCAUGCGCUGCUCGCGUGCGUCGUACGAUGUUUGGGGCGAUUAUUUCUGCUGGGUGCCGUCGCGGCGGCGGAUUCGGAGAUGUAGUCCUGGCGACCAACGCCCGCGCGCUGGGCCGAAUCAAUGGAAACGGUAA